GUAUUUGAACGCAUGCGCAGUGCUCAGCGAAUGGACUAGCAAGUUAGCGAGUAAAAAAAAAAAAAAAAAGACGUGGCAGACAUGGAGGUAGCUGCUCUGGUUGCCUUGACUUUAUUACUGGGUGCACUGGUUAUUCUGGUCGCGUUAGCGGUGGGAAGACGGAAAGAGGAGAAAAAUGCAACAACAGAGCAACAAGCUGCGGACAGUUCAGCUGAAUCCAGUUCUGUGAAGGGCCCCACGUCCAAGAAGCCGAAGCAGGAGAAGCAGCGGAGUCGCAAAGAUAAACCUGUGCAGCACAGUUUCAGCCAUCCUCUGCUGGCAGCCUCCCUGAAGGGCCACAGUGGGAACGUGACGUGUCUUGAUUUCAGCAGCAACGGGAAGUACCUGGCGUCGUGCGCGGACGAUCGCACCGUUCGGAUUUGGAGCACCAAAGACUUCCUGGAGCGGGAGCACAAGUAUCUGAGAGCCAACGUGGAGCUGGAUCACGCCACGCUGGUCCGCUUCAGCCCAGACUCCAGGGCGUUUAUCACCUGGCUGGCCAACGGAGAUACGAUACGCAUCUUUAAAAUGAUCAAGAAGGAUGACGGCACUCUCAGCUUCAAGGCUGCUGCCGAGGAUUUCCCACCGAAACACAAGGCCCCGAUACUCAACAUCGGCAUCGCAGAGACCGGCAAAUUCAUAAUGAGCGCCUCCGCAGACACCACCAUCCUCGUGUGGGACCUGAAAGGAGAGCUGCUGGCCUCCAUCAACACCAACCAGAUGACCAAUUCUUAUGCAGCCGUCUCCCCUUGUGGCAGAUUCGUAGCAUCCUGUGGUUUCACUCCAGAUGUGAAAGUUUGGGAGGUUUGUUUCGGAAAAGGAGGCGAAUUCAGAGAAGUCGCUCGAGCGUUUGACCUGAAGGGCCACUCUGCCGGAGUUCACGCAUUCGCUUUUUCCAACGACUCUCACAAAAUGGUGACCGUCUCUAAAGACGGGACGUGGAAGCUGUGGAACACGAACGUGGAGUACAAAAAGCAGCAGGACCCUUACCUCCUGAUGACCGUGCCCUGCUCCUCUUCUGAACGCAGCCGGGCGGCUUUAUCCCCCGACGGUCGCGUUGUGGCCAUCAGCGACGGCUGCAACGUGGCGCUCUACGACACCACCAGCGGGAAGCUGGAGGAGGAGCUGCUCGGCGUCCACAGCGAAGAAAUCACCGACCUUAGAUUUGACAUCAACGGCCGCUUUUUGGCGUGCAGUGGCGACAAGGCGAUCCGAGUGUUUCACAACGCGCCGGGCUACCGGGCCGCCAUCAGAGACAUGCGGGACAUGCUGAAAAAGGCCCAGAACGAAGCCAUGAAGCAGAGACUGCAGCAGCAGAUCAAAGAAGCUCAGAGCGCCCUGGACACUGUGCUCGCUCCUCCCAGAGAGUGAAAACAACACAAAAUGUGAUGUGAUGGUGUCUUAUUUAUUGAGACUGCUCAUGUCAACAUCUGCUCUCCUUUUUAUGCACAACAAUCUGUCCAAGAAAUCAUGGAUUUGCAUGGAGUUUUAAUAAAGAAUCU